AUCUUAAGAGCUAUGAGUUACAUGACAGGUUAAAAAAAAAAAGGCAGCAACAGCUUGUUAAUGUUGGUUACCAGUUGUCAAGUGGAUACAAGCCUGCUCCCAUGGAUCUGAGCUUUAUCAAGUUGACCCCCUCUCAAGAAGCCAUGGUGGAUAAACUAGCAGAGAAUGCUCAUAAUGUGUGGGCAAGGGACCGUAUCAGGCAGGGUUGGACAUAUGGUAUCCAGCAGGAUGUGAAGAAUCGAAGAAACCCCCGCCUUGUCCCGUAUGCCCUUUUGGAUGAUCGUACCAAGAAGUCAAACAAAGAUAGCCUCCGGGAGGCUGUCCGCACCCUUCUUGGCUAUGGUUACAACCUUGAGGCUCCUGAUCAAGAUCACGCUACAAGGUCAGACAUGUGCACUGGGAUAAUGGAAAGAUUCCGGAUAUUCCGCACUGAGAAGACUUAUGCAGUGAAGGCUGGAAAAUGGUACUUUGAGUUUGAGGCAGUCACUGCAGGAGACAUGAGAGUUGGCUGGACCAGGCCAGGCUGCCAGCCAGACCAGGAACUUGGCUCAGAUGAGCAAGCUUUUGUCUUUGAUGGCUUUAAGGCCCAGCGGUGGCACCAGGGUAAUGAGCAUUUUGGCCGCUCUUGGCUGGCAGGGGAUGUCGUGGGAUGUAUGGUUGACAUGAAUGAGCACACUAUGACGUUCACCCUGAACGGUGAAAUCCUGCUCAAUGACUCAGGUUCAGAGCUUGCAUUCAAGGACUUUGAGGUUGGUGAUGGAUUUAUACCUGUGUGCAGCCUGGGCUUGUCUCAAAUGGGAAGAAUGAACUUUGGCAAAGAUGUCAGCUCCCUGAAAUAUUUUACUAUCUGUGGCUUACAAGAAGGCUAUGAACCCUUUGCUGUUAAUACAAACAGAGACAUUACCUUGUGGCUGAGCAAGAGACUCCCUCAGUUUUUCCCAGUGCCACCAAACCAUGAACACAUUGAGGUGAUGAGAAUAGAUGGCACCACAGACAGCUCCCCCUGUUUGAAGGUCACACAGAAGUCUUUUGGCUCACAGAACAGCAAAACAGGCAUCAUGUUUUUUCGCUUGAGCAUGCCUAUUGAGUGUGCAGAAGUAUUCUCCAAAACAUCAGCAGGAGGAUUGCCAGGCACUGGUCUUUUUGGCCCGAAAAGUGACUUGGAGGAUUAUGAUGCUGAUUCUGAUUUUGAAGUUCUGAUGAAGACAGCUCAUGGUCACCUAGUGCCUGAUCGGGCAGAAAAAGAAGCUACAAAACUGGAGUUCAAUAACCACAAGGAUUACACUCAAGAGAAACCUUCACGUCUUAAACAAAGGUUUAUGCUCAGAAGGACAAAGCCAGAUUACAGCACAAGCCACUCUGCACGGCUCACGGAGGAUGUUCUGGCAGAUGACAGAGAUGACUAUGAUUACUUGAUGCAUACUUCUACGUACUAUUACUCGGUGAGAAUAUUUCCUGGGCAAGAACCCGCUAAUGUCUGGGUGGGCUGGAUUACAUCUGACUUCCAUCAAUAUGACAUGACUUUUGACUUGGACAGAGUACGCACUGUUACAGUGACACUAGGGGAUGAAAAAGGAAAGGUUCAUGAGAGUAUCAAACGCAGUAACUGCUAUAUGGUGUGUGCUGGAGAGAGCAUGAGCCCCGGACAAGGACGCAACAACAAUGGACUGGAGAUUGGUUGCUUGGUCGAUGCUGCCAGUGGUCUUCUAACCUUCACUGCUAAUGGCAAGGAACUGAGUACCUAUUAUCAGGUUGAACCAAGUACUAAGUUAUUUCCUGCAGUAUUUGCACAAGCUACAAGCCCCAAUGUUUUCCAGUUUGAGUUGGGAAGGAUAAAGAAUGUAAUGCCAUUGUCUGCUGGCUUGUUCAAAAGCGAGCAUAAAAACCCAGUCCCUCAAUGCCCUCCCCGUCUCCAUGUCCAGUUUUUGACCCAUGUGCUGUGGAGCAGAAUGCCAAACCACUUUCUGAAGGUUGGUAUCUCACGGGUCAGUGAACGUCAAGGCUGGAUGGUACAGUGCUUGGAUCCUUUGCAGUUCAUGUCCCUCCAAAUCCCAGAAGAGAACAGGUCUAUAGAUAUUUUAGAACUGACAGAACAGGAAGAACUGUUGAAAUUUCACUAUCAUACCCUCCGAUUGUAUUCAGCUGUUUCUGCUCUAGGGAACAACCGGGUGGCACAUGCUAUGUGCAGCCAUGUGGAUGAAUCUCAGCUUCUCUAUGGCAUUGAAAAUAAGUAUAUGCCAGGCUUGCUUCGCACAGGCUAUUAUGACUUACUCAUUGACAUCCACCUCAACACCUACGCCACGGCCAGGUUAAUGAUGAAUAAUGAAUUUAUUGUUCCGAUGACGGAUGAGACCAAGAGCAUUACUCUGUUCCCUGAUGAGAACAAAAAACAUGGCCUCCCUGGUAUAGGACUCAGCACCUCACUGCGACCUAGAAUCCGGUUCUCCUCUCCCAGUUAUGUAAGCAUUAGCAGUGAGUGCUACCAGUUUAGCCCUGAAUUUCCUCUGGAUAUCUUAAAGGCCAAAACUAUAGAGAUGCUGACUGAGGCUGUUCAAGAGGGCAACCUCCAUGUCAGAGAUCCGGUAGGGGGUACUACAGAGUUUCUAUUUGUCCCUCUCAUCAAGCUUUUUUACACCCUGCUAAUCAUGGGAGUCUUCCAUAAUGGGGAUCUGAAACACAUCUUACAGCUGAUUGAGCCCAGCGUUUUCAAGGAAGGCAUGAGCCAGGAGGAUGAGAGUGAAGUGCCAGAGAAGGAGUUGAGUAUAGAGGAUCUAAAGCCAGAAGGAGGAGAGGAAGAAGUCAAAGGGGAGCGGGUGCUGAAGGAAGGUCUUCUUCAAAUGAAACUUCCUGAACCAGUAAAAUUACAGAUGUGUUACCUACUCCAGUACCUCUGUGACUGCCAGAUACGUCACCGGAUAGAAGCCAUUGUAGCAUUUUCUGAUGAUUUUGUGGCUAAGCUUCAAGAGAAUCAGCGAUUCCGAUAUAAUGAAGUUAUGCAGGCCUUAAACAUGUCUGCCGCACUGACAGCCAGGAAAACAAAAGAGUUUCGGUCUCCGCCUCAAGAACAGAUUAACAUGCUUCUGAAUUUUAAGGAUGAUAAAAGUGAUUGUCCUUGCUCUGAAGAAAUUAGAGAUCAACUCUUGGAGUUCCAUGAGGACUUAAUGACACAUUGUGGAAUUGAAUUAGAUGAAGAUGGAACCCUGGAUGGAAACAGUGAUUUAACCAUUAGAGGUCGCCUCAUGCACCUAGUAGAAAAAGUCACAUAUUUAAAGAAGAAACAAAAUGAGAAACCAGUUGAUAAUGAUGCUAAGAAGCCCUCCACUCUUCAGCAAUUGAUUUCAGAGACCAUGGUACGCUGGGCUCAGGAGUCAGUAAUAGAGGAUCCGGAGUUAGUGAGGGCCAUGUUUGUAUUGCUGCAUCGGCAGUAUGAUGGUAUCGGUGGUCUGGUUAGAAGCUUACCAAAGACCUACACCAUAAAUGGUGUAUCAGUGGAAGAUACAAUCAACCUCUUGGCAUCCCUGGGCCAGAUCCGUUCCUUGCUCAGCGUCAGAAUGGGCAAGGAGGAAGAGAAGCUUAUGAUUCGUGGAUUAGGAGACAUCAUGAAUAAUAAAGUGUUUUACCAACAUCCUAAUCUUAUGAGGGCUUUAGGAAUGCAUGAGACUGUCAUGGAAGUGAUGGUAAAUGUACUCGGCGGAGGAGAAUCCAAGGAAAUCACCUUUCCUAAGAUGGUGGCAAAUUGCUGUCGUUUUCUAUGUUAUUUCUGCCGCAUCAGCAGGCAGAAUCAAAAGGCAAUGUUUGAUCAUCUUAGUUACUUACUGGAAAACAGCAGUGUCGGGCUUGCUUCCCCUUCUAUGCGAGGAUCAACCCCUCUAGAUGUUGCAGCAGCAUCUGUGAUGGAUAACAAUGAACUUGCAUUAGCUUUAAGGGAGCCUGACCUGGAGAAGGUAGUUCGCUAUUUGGCUGGAUGUGGUUUGCAAAGCUGCCCUUUGCUGAUUUCUAAGGGAUAUCCAGACAUUGGAUGGAAUCCAGUUGAAGGAGAGCGAUAUCUGGAUUUUCUUCGCUUUGCAGUGUUUUGCAAUGGAGAGAGUGUUGAAGAGAACGCUAAUGUUGUGGUCAGGCUACUUAUUCGUCGUCCUGAGUGCUUUGGUCCAGCGUUGAGAGGGGAAGGAGGUAACGGGUUACUUGCUGCCAUGGAGGAAGCUAUAAAAAUAUCAGAAGAUUCUACUAGAGAUGGACCUUCCCCAAGUAAUGGAUCCAGUAAAACUCUUGAGAUGGAAGAAGAAGAUGACACUAUCCACAUGGGAAAUGCCAUCAUGACCUUUUAUGCUGCUUUGAUUGACCUCUUAGGACGCUGUGCCCCUGAAAUGCAUCUAAUCCAUGCUGGCAAAGGGGAAGCCAUUAGGAUCAGGUCAAUUCUGCGGUCUCUGAUUCCCCUGGAAGAUUUGGUGGGUGUAAUUAGCAUUCCUUUCCACAUGCCAACAAUAGCUAAAGAUGGUACUGUGGUGGAACCUGACAUGUCAGCGGGGUUUUGCCCAGAUCACAAGGCAGCCAUGGUUUUGUUCCUUGACAGAGUCUAUGGAAUUGAGGACCAGGAUUUCCUUCUACAUCUCCUUGAAGCUGGCUUUCUGCCAGAUCUCCGUGCUGCUGCUUCCUUAGACACGGCUGCUCUGAGUGCUACAGACAUGGCCUUGGCUCUGAAUCGAUACCUUUGUACUGCAGUCUUGCCUUUGUUGACCAGAUGUGCUCCUCUUUUUGCUGGCACAGAGCACCAUGCCUCCCUCAUAGAUUCCUUAUUACACACUGUGUACAGACUCUCCAAGGGCUGCUCUCUUACCAAAGCUCAGCGGGAUUCCAUUGAAGAAUGUUUACUCUCUAUUUGUGGCCAACUGAGGCCUUCCAUGAUGCAACACUUGCUGAGGAGAUUAGUGUUUGAUGUUCCUCUAUUAAAUGAGCAUGCAAAGAUGCCUCUGAAGUUGCUGACAAAUCAUUAUGAAAGAUGCUGGAAGUAUUAUUGCCUGCCAGGUGGGUGGGGCAACUUUGGUGCUGCAUCAGAAGAAGAACUUCAUUUAUCCAGAAAGUUGUUCUGGGGUAUUUUUGAUGCCCUGUCUCAAAAGAAGUAUGAACAGGAACUAUUCAAACUGGCUUUGCCCUGCCUGAGUGCAGUUGCAGGAGCUUUACCCCCAGACUAUAUGGAAUCCAAUUAUGUCAGUAUGAUGGAAAAACAGGCUUCAAUGGAUUCAGAUGGGAACUUUAACCCACAACCUGUUGAUACCUCAAAUAUUACAAUUCCUGAAAAGCUAGAAUAUUUCAUUAACAAAUAUGCAGAACAUUCUCAUGAUAAAUGGUCAAUGGAAAAGUUUGCAAAUGGAUGGAUAUAUGGUGAAACAUAUUCUGAGUCUUCCAAGGUGCAGCCAUUAAUGAAACAAUAUAAACUGUUAUCAGAAAAGGAAAAAGAAAUUUAUCGGUGGCCAAUCAAAGAAUCUUUGAAAACCAUGCUAGCUUGGGGUUGGCGGAUUGAAAGGACAAGGGAGGGAGAUAGUAUGGCCCUUUAUAAUCGGACACGUCGCAUAUCUCAGACAAGUCAGGUGUCUGUAGACGCAGCCCAUGGUUACAGCCCUCGAGCUAUCGACAUGAGCAAUGUUACCCUCUCCAGAGAUCUGCAUGCAAUGGCUGAAAUGAUGGCUGAAAACUACCAUAACAUAUGGGCAAAGAAAAAGAAAAUGGAACUGGAAUCAAAAGUAGGAGGAGGCAACCAUCCUCUUCUGGUUCCCUAUGACACGCUGACAGCCAAAGAAAAAGCCAAAGACCGAGAGAAAGCACAGGAUAUUUUCAAGUUUCUACAGAUCAAUGGAUAUGUUGUCUCCAGAGGAUUAAAGGACCUGGAGUUAGACACACCUUCCAUUGAGAAACGAUUUGCUUACAGUUUCCUUCAGCAGUUGAUAAGAUAUGUGGAUGAAGCCCAUCAGUACAUUCUGGAGUUUGAUGGUGGCAGCAGAGGCAAAGGAGAACAAUUCCCUUAUGAGCAAGAAAUCAAGUUCUUUGCCAAAGUUGUGCUCCCUUUAAUUGAUCAGUAUUUCAAAAAUCAUCGGCUGUAUUUCCUAUCUGCAGCAAGCAGGCCUCUCAGCAGUGGGGGACAUGCUUCUAACAAGGAGAAAGAAAUGGUGACAAGCCUGUUCUGCAAACUUGGAGUUCUUGUCAGGCAUAGGAUUUCACUGUUUGGAAAUGAUGCAACAUCAAUAGUCAACUGUCUUCAUAUACUUGGCCAGACUUUAGAUGCAAGGACUGUGAUGAAGACUGGUCUGGAGUCUGUUAAAAUGGCAUUGAGAGCAUUUUUGGAUAAUGCUGCAGAAGAUCUGGAGAUGACAAUGGAAAAUCUUAAGCAAGGCCAGUUUACACACACAAGAAAUCAACCAAAGGGGGUGACACAAAUCAUAAACUACACCACAGUGGCUCUCCUGCCAGUGCUCUCUUCAUUAUUUGAACAUAUUGGACAGCAUCAAUUUGGAGAAGAUCUAAUAUUGGAAGAUGUUCAGGUCUCUUGUUACAGAAUAUUGGCCAGCUUGUACUCUCUAGGAACCAGCAAGAGUAUUUAUGUGGAGCGGCAGCGCUCAGCCUUAGGAGAAUGUUUGGCUGCUUUUGCUGGUGCCUUCCCUGUGGCCUUUUUGGAAACUCAUCUGAACAAACAUAAUACCUACUCUAUCUACAACACCAAGUCUGCAAGAGACAGAGCAGCUCUUAAUUUGCCAAUCAGUGUAGAAGAGGUUUGUCCAAAAAUUCCUUCCCUGGAGAAGUUAAUUGAAGAAAUAGUGGAAUUGGCAGAGUCUGGUAUUCGUUACACACAAAUGCCACAUAUCAUGGAAGUGAUACUGCCUAUGCUGUGUAGCUACAUGUCGCACUGGUGGGAACAUGGGCCAGAAAACAAUCCUGACAAGGCUGAAAUGUGCUGCACAGCCUUGACCUCAGAGCACAUGAACACUCUGUUGGGUAACAUACUGAAAAUCAUCUAUAACAACCUAGGGAUUGAUGAGGGGGCCUGGAUGAAGAGAUUAGCAGUGUUUUCCCAGCCUAUCAUAAGCAAAGUGAAGCCCCAGCUUUUGAAGACCCACUUCCUGCCACUGAUGGAUAAGUUGAAGAAAAAAGCAGCAAUGGUUGUAUCAGAUGAAGACCAUUUAAGAGCAGAAGGCAGAGGUGACAUGUCUGAGGCUGAACUGCUUAUCCUAGAUGAGUUCACCAUUUUGGCACGGGACCUCUAUGCCUUCUACCCUUUGUUGAUAAGAUUUGUGGACUAUAACAGGGCAAAAUGGCUGAAGGAACCCAACCCGGAAGCAGAGGAACUGUUCCGCAUGGUGGCUGAGGUAUUCGUUUACUGGUCAAAAUCCCAUAAUUUCAAAAGGGAAGAGCAGAAUUUUGUGGUACAGAAUGAAAUCAACAACAUGUCUUUCCUUAUUACUGACACCAAAUCCAAGAUGUCUAAGGCAGCUAUUUCUGAUCAGGAGAGAAAGAAAAUGAAGCGAAAAGGGGACCGGUAUUCUGUACAGACAUCUCUCAUUGUAGCAGCACUGAAGAGAUUACUACCUAUUGGUCUAAAUACUUGUGCACCCGGAGACCAAGAAUUAAUUGCACUGGCCAAGAACAGAUUCAGCAUGAAAGACACUGAGGAUGAAGUUAGGGAUAUUAUCCACAGUAAUCUUCAUCUGCAGGGCAAGCUCGAGGAUCCUGCCAUUAGGUGGCAGAUGGCCCUUUACAAAGAUUUACCAAACAGGACCGAAGAUACUUCAGAUCCAGAGAAGACCGUGGAAAGAGUUCUGCAUAUAGCUAAUGUACUUUUCCAUUUGGAACAGGUUGAGCAUCCUCAGAGAUCCAAAAAGGCAGUGUGGCACAAACUCCUGUCCAAACAGAGAAAAAGAGCAGUAGUGGCCUGCUUUAGAAUGGCUCCAUUAUAUAAUCUUCCAAGGCAUCGAGCUGUCAAUCUCUUUCUUCAAGGUUAUGAAAAGUCUUGGAUUGAAACAGAAGAACAUUACUUUGAAGAUAAACUGAUAGAAGAUUUAGCAAAACCUGGAGAGGAGCCGCCAGAGGAGGAGGAAGGCAUUAAAAGAGUUGAUCCGCUGCAUCAGCUUAUUCUGCUUUUCAGUCGAACAGCCUUAACUGAAAAAUGCAAACUGGAGGAAGAUUACUUAUAUAUGGCAUAUGCUGACAUUAUGGCAAAGAGUUGUCAUGAUGAAGAGGAUGAUGAUGGUGAAGAAGAAGUGAAGAGUUUUGAAGUCACAGGAUCGCAACGCAGCAAGGAAAAAGAAAUGGAAAAACAGAAGCUUCUGUACCAGCAAGCAAGACUGCAUGAUCGGGGUGCUGCAGAGAUGGUACUUCAAACAAUCAGCGCCAGCAAAGGUGAGAUGGGUCCCAUGGUUGCCGCCACCUUAAAGCUUGGGAUUGCCAUCUUAAAUGGAGGAAAUUCUACAGUUCAACAGAAAAUGCUCGACUACCUCAAGGACAAAAAGGAUGUGGGCUUCUUUCAGAGCCUUGCUGGUCUUAUGCAGUCAUGUAGCGUUCUUGACCUAAAUGCAUUUGAACGCCAAAACAAAGCAGAGGGCCUUGGCAUGGUGACAGAAGAAGGAUCAGCCUCUCACUUUGAAAGUCACAGACUGCGGACUGGAGAAAAGGUAAUGCAGGAUGACGAAUUCACCUGUGACCUCUUCCGCUUCCUCCAGUUGCUUUGUGAAGGACACAGUUCAGAUUUUCAGAAUUAUUUGAGAACUCAAACUGGUAACAACACAACUGUCAAUAUUAUAAUCUCCACUGUGGAUUACUUACUGAGAGUUCAGGAAUCAAUUAGUGAUUUCUACUGGUAUUAUUCUGGGAAGGAUGUUAUUGAUGAGCAAGGACAACGUAAUUUCUCCAAAGCAAUUCAAGUUGCAAAACAGGUCUUCAAUACUCUCACAGAGUAUAUUCAGGGUCCAUGUACAGGGAACCAGCAGAGUCUGGCACACAGCAGGCUGUGGGAUGCAGUGGUUGGUUUUCUUCAUGUGUUUGCUCACAUGCAGAUGAAACUAUCUCAGGAUUCCAGUCAAAUUGAAUUAUUGAAAGAGUUAAUGGAUCUUCAGAAGGAUAUGGUGGUCAUGUUGCUGUCUAUGCUGGAAGGUAAUGUUGUGAAUGGAACUAUUGGCAAGCAGAUGGUUGACAUGUUAGUGGAGUCUUCCAACAAUGUGGAGAUGAUUCUCAAGUGUUUUGAUAUGUUCUUAAAGUUGAAGGAUUUAACUUCAUCUGAUGCAUUCAAGGAAUAUGACCCUGAUGGUAAGGGUAUAAUUUCAAAGAGGGACUUUCAGAAAGCCAUGGAAAGCCAUAAGCACUACACCCAGUCUGAAACUGAGUUUCUACUAUCUUGUGCUGAGACAGAUGAGAAUGAGACUCUGGAUUAUGAGGAAUUUGUGAAACGGUUCCAUGAACCUGCCAAAGACAUUGGUUUCAAUGUUGCUGUUCUUCUGACCAACCUUUCAGAGCACAUGCGCCAUGAUACUCGAUUGCAGACUUUUCUUGAGCUAGCAGAGAGCGUUCUGAAUUAUUUUCAGCCCUUUCUAGGACGCAUAGAAAUCAUGGGUAGUGCAAAGCGCAUUGAGCGAGUUUACUUUGAAAUAAGUGAGUCAAGUCGGACUCAGUGGGAGAAACCUCAGGUUAAAGAGUCAAAGAGGCAGUUUAUCUUUGAUGUAGUAAAUGAAGGAGGGGAGAAGGAAAAGAUGGAACUUUUUGUUAAUUUCUGUGAGGAUACCAUCUUUGAAAUGCAACUAGCUGCCCAGAUCUCUGAGUCAGAUUUGAAUGAGAGGUCCACAAAUAAAGAAGAGAAUGAAAAAGAUAAGCCUGAGGAACAGGACCCUAGCAGGGGCUUCUUCUCCCUUGUGACUGUCAAGGCAGCCUUGGUGGCCCUCAGAUAUAAUAUAAUGACUCUUACAAAAAUGCUCAGCAUGAAGAGUCUAAAGAAGCAGAUGAAGAAAAUGAAGAAAAUGACCAUGAAGGACAUGUUCAUGGCUUUAUUUUCUUCCUACUGGAGCAUCUUGAUGGGCUUACUGCAUUUCACCUGUAGUGUUUUCCGGGGCUUCUUUCGCAUCAUGUACAGUUUGCUACUCGGAGGAAGCCUGGUAGAAGGGGCUAAGAAGAUCAAGGUAGCGGAACUUUUAGCCAAUAUGCCAGAUCCCACUCAGGAUGAGGUACGUGGCGAAGGGGAAGAGGGAGAAAGGAAGCCCAUAGAAGCUACAUUGCCAGCAGAAGAUCUGACUGAUCUGACAGCUUUAUCAGAUGAUGGUGACCUACUCUCAGACAUAUUUGGCUUGGACUUGAAAAGAGAAGGAGGCCAGUAUAAGCUGAUUCCUCAUAAUCCAAAUGCUGGUCUGAGUGAUUUGUUGAGCACAUCUUCCUUACUCCCAUUACCUGAGAUGCAGGAAAAAAUUCAGGAGCAGAAAGUGAAUGAAGAUGAAAAGGAGGAGAAAGAAGAAACUAAAUCAGAACUUGAAAAAGCAGAGGGAGAAGAUGGAGAAAAGGAAGAAAAAGCCAAAGAAGACAAAGGGAAACAGAAGCUGAGACAGCUUCAUGCACACAGAUAUGGAGAACAAGAAGUCCAGGAAUCAGCCUUCUGGAAGAAAAUCAUAGCAUAUCAGCAGAAACUUCUUAACUAUUUUGCUCGCAAUUUUUAUAACAUGAGGAUGUUGGCUUUGUUUGUUGCUUUUGCCAUCAAUUUCAUCCUGCUCUUCUAUAAGGUCUCUACCUCUGCUGUGAUAGAAGAGAAGGAAGUUCUUGUGGUAAAUGCUGAGGAAGACUCCAAGUUAAACAGCCUCGAAAGCGGCUCCCAUCGGAUCAUCACUGUGCACUAUGUCCUUGAAGAAAGCAGUGGCUAUAUGGAACCCACACUGCGGAUUUUGGCCAUCCUACACACAGUCAUCUCCUUUUUCUGCAUCAUUGGAUAUUACUGUUUGAAAGUUCCACUGGUUAUUUUUAAGCGUGAAAAGGAAGUUGCAAGGAAAUUGGAAUUUGAUGGGCUGUACAUUACAGAACAGCCUUCAGAAGAUGAUAUUAAAGGGCAGUGGGACAGACUCGUCAUCAAUACACAAUCAUUUCCUAACAACUAUUGGGAUAAGUUUGUUAAAAGAAAGGUUAUGGAUAAAUACGGGGAGUUCUAUGGCCGGGACAGAAUCAGUGAGUUACUAGGAAUGGAUAAGGCAGCUCUGGAUUUUAGCGACGCCCGUGAAAAAAAGAAACCAAAGAAAGAUAGCUCCUUAUCUGCUGUGCUAAAUUCCAUUGACGUAAAGUAUCAGAUGUGGAAAUUAGGAGUUGUUUUCACUGAUAAUUCUUUCCUUUAUUUAGCCUGGUAUAUGACUAUGUCAAUCCUUGGCCAUUACAACAACUUUUUCUUUGCUGGUCAUCUCCUUGACAUUGCAAUGGGAUUCAAGACACUACGAACUAUUCUGUCAUCAGUAACUCACAAUGGCAAACAG